AUGUCUGACAGAAAAGCCGUUAUCAAGAACGCCGACAUGUCUGAAGACAUGCAGCAGGAUGCGGUGGACUGCGCCACACAAGCUCUUGAAAAAUACAACAUUGAAAAAGAUAUUGCUGCAUACAUCAAAAAAGAAUUCGACAAAAAGUACAACCCGACAUGGCACUGCAUAGUCGGCAGGAAUUUCGGAAGCUACGUCACGCAUGAGACGAAACACUUCAUUUAUUUUUAUCUUGGUCAAGUCGCCAUUCUCCUGUUUAAAUCCGGUUGA